AUGGACGACGCAACCACAACCAUACCCUCGUCCUCGCCGAGGCAUGCCCGUCCGCCAACGAGGUCCGACAAUCCCGCCUCGGGCACUGCUCCUAACGAUGGCGUCCCCUCCAUCUGUCGAAUCUGUCGAGGCGAAGCGACCGAGACCGAACCAUUAUUUUACCCCUGCAAAUGCAGCGGCAGCAUCAAAUUUGUGCAUCAAGAUUGCCUGAUGGAGUGGUUAUCCCAUUCCCAGAAAAAGUAUUGCGAGCUUUGCAAAACGUCGUUCCGCUUUACAAAGCUCUACGCACCCGACAUGCCCCAAUCGCUACCCGUUCACAUCUUCAUCGAACAUAUGGCCAAGUACCUAUUCCGCAAUAUCUUGAUCUGGCUUCGCGCAGUCCUUGCUGUUAGCACUUGGAUAUGCUGGCUACCGCUCUUCAUGCGAGCUGUCUGGUCCUUCAUGUUCUGGAUCAGCGACGAAGGGUUGGGCGGCUCACUCUCAUCGCUCCGAAGCGGCCAGGCCUCUUGGGAGGCUUCUUUACACAACCAAUUCUUUGGCCAAUGUCCUGCAAAUCCGUUUGUCGAUCUUGCCACGACAACCCUGGCCCAAGCUGCGACAAUGAUGAAGAAUCUGCCCGGGGACCUUGGUGGUAUUCCAAAAUUCUCCGUCAAGUCGAUAGGGUACGCCGCAAAUACAGUCAACGGCACAGGCUCUUUUCGGUCGUACAGGGAUGAGAAUGGCACCAUUACGGUUCUCUACGAGAUCGAUUCACCGUUUGCUUCUCUACUGAGCAACGUCACGUUUUUUCGCACUUUGACGCAGAGUCCUAGAUUCAAUAGAGCAAUCAUGUCCGUUGUCGAAGGCCAGAUCAUCACGGUUCUCGUCAUUAUCUGCUUUAUUCUCAUCAUCCUUGUGCGCGAUUACGUCGUCCAGCAACAGCCCGAGUUAAAUGUGCGCGCCGCAUUUGCUGAGCAAGAAGGUGAUCAGGUAGACGCCUUUGAAGCCGGCCCGGAACAACUUCUUAUUAGAGACGAUGCUGCAAAUGCAGCCGCCCGCGACCUCGAUCACGAUGCCAUUGGGCAUCGGCCUGAUAAUCGCCAAUUGCAUCGCCGUGAACCAGAGAUGGAUGAGCAAGAGGCCAUCAAUCAAGUUUGGGCCAUGACUAUCCGACCAGGCAUAUAUGUCCCUGAUCCCGAAGCUGGCGAGGAGCCGUCGCAUGUCAUGGAAUAUCUCCGCAUAUAUCGACGUGCUCACGGUGAUCAUAGUGAGAUUCUUCGAAUUAUCGAGCAAGAAGAUACCGAUGGCAGGCUUCGCUACUGGGCUGACGCUACUCGCCGAGCCAUGUUGAGUAACAGACAACAGGGGCCUUCUGAGCACGGCCAUGAUUGGGCCAAUUCCCGUGAUAUAUUUGAUCGCCCUGAAAGCCCAGUGUCCUCCUCUAGCCAUCAAAUUAAUUACCCCCCUCGCGAGACAACUGCUAUCAGUCGACAGGACUCUGAUCCCCCCUCGCCCAUGCUUCAGCGGGACCUUCCAGCCUCGCCUUCAACUCUCGGCAACGGGCUGCGACCUCGAGCUACAUCAGCCGGACCUAGCCACUCAAAUUCGAUACAUCCACUGGCGAACAACAGCUGGACCUUUAGUGAGCUACCAACCGACGAACAAGGGUCCGCGCGCAACUCACAUGCACACGAUGAUUCCACAUCAACCCAUGGGAAAGGUAUAUUCGGCGAUUUUGUUGACGACGCGUCGCCAUCAAACUCAAGAGAGGCUUACCUAGGACCUGUCAAUCACACGAUUCAGGGGCAGGCAUCCGACCGCGAACGAGACGAGAACGCUGUUCCUGAGCUUGAAACGGCUGUUCUACCAAUCCAAGCUGAGACUCUUGCUGUCCCGCAAGGCGCUGCUCCUGUCAAUCGCGAGCAAGAUAUUGGUUUUGUCGGCAGGGUUGCCAACUUCAUGUGGGGCGACCUCGAUCGCCAUGCCGACGAAGUAGCACUGCAAGCUGCAGCAGAGCAGGAUGCUGAAGACGAUGCCUGGGUCGAUAUCGUCGACGGUGAUGUCGGUGCAGAUGACGCCCAGCCUAAUGGCGAAGAUAUGAUGCAAGCAGCGGCCGACGGCUUUGAUCAAGAAGCUAUUGACGACAUGGAGGAUUUCGAGGGGGUCAUGGAGCUGGUUGGUAUGCGCGGUCCUAUCGCGGGCCUGUUCCAGAAUGCCAUCUUUUGCUCUGUCCUUGUAUCCGUCACCAUUUUCGCAUGCAUCUUUGUCCCCUACAACAUUGGUCGUGUCACGGUCUGGCUCAUGGCAAGCCCCAUGCGUCUUGUUCGCAUGAUUGUCGAAAUUUCAAAGCUCGUUCAAGAUGCCCUCGUCAUGGCUUGCGCAUUCUUGUCCUGGUGCUUGAUUAAUUUGGUGGAGAUGCUCGCCACCUUCCUGCCCAGCGGCGUAAUUGCCAAAGUCAUCGCAGUUCGAAAGGCAUGCUGGGACCUUUGGAUCAACGCCGGCGCCAGGAUUUUCGAUUACUUGUUCAUGGACUUUCCCACGUCUGCAACAGAGAUUCAAAACUUUUCAGCCAUCAGCCACGCUGCUCUUAUAAGUCUCAAGUCCCAAGCCUUCCGCUCAUUCGAAGCCAUUCAACAGCUGGGCUGGGCGAUUUACAACAAUGGUAUCACUAUACCGAGUGCGGAACAUUUUCGGCUGCUUGGAACCAAGGUUAACGCUUCUCUGCAAUUCGUCAUUGCCUCCUCUUCGCUUCUGUUGACGCCCGACGCUUGGGUCAUCAAUCUGGGAGACUCCAAGGUCACUGAAGUUGUUGAUCCUGAGCUUGCUCGUUGGUCUGGUGGCGAUCGAUUUUGGGCUAUCCUGGCCGGAUAUGCCGCAGUCUUUGCCAUGGCAGCCAUGUAUCUCCAACGCAACAGCCCGUUCUCAAAUGGCGAGUUCAUGAGAGCCUGGGAGGCAGGCAUCAUCGAUACCCUUCAUCAAGCUAGCGGCAUCUUGAAGGUGAUUUUAAUCAUCAGCAUAGAAAUGCUCGUAUUUCCCCUUUACUGUGGAAUGCUGCUUGACCUGGCGCUUCUCCCACUGUUCGAGGAUACGUCUGUUCUAUCACGGCUCAUGUUCACACGCAACUAUCCUGCGACGUCGAUUUUUGUUCACUGGUUCGUCGGCACCGGCUACAUGUUUCACUUUGCACUGUUUGUCUCAAUGUGCCGCAAAAUCAUGCGCCCCGGCGUUUUAUACUUUAUCCGCGACCCCGACGACCCCGAGUUCCAUCCUGUCCGCGACGUGCUGGAGAGAAACUUGAUAACGCAGCUUCGUAAGAUAUUAUUCUCCGCCUUUGUGUACGGAGCACUGGUCAUUGUAUGUCUCGGAGGUGUAGUAUGGGGGCUCUCGUUCACAUUGCCAACACUGCUGCCAAUUCACUAUUCGUCUAAUGAACCAGUGCUGGAGUUUCCUGUUGAUUUACUGUUCUACAACUUUUUGAUGCCGCUGGCCAUCAAAUUCUUCAAGCCCGGAGAUGGUAUCCACGCCAUGUACACAUGGUGGUUUCGCCGAUGCGCCAGAGCCCUACGUCUAACCUCUUUUCUAUUUGGAGACCGCAAGGUUGACGAGGAGGGCAACUUGCGACUGGCAGAGUCAGCUGGAGCUGGUCUGUGGCAAAGCUUAUUCUUGGGAAUUGACAAGUCCAAUAACACCGCUGUCAAAUCGUGGAAAGAUGCCGUCACUGGUGACGUGGGGGUGGAGGCUGGGGAGGCUGAGUCCGAAAACUUGAAAGCCCACAAGGCAUAUCUGGUCCAGUCUCAACAGCUGCUAGUAGACGGCAGAUUUGUCCGCGCCCCUGCAUCAGAUCGUGUCAAGAUUGCCAAGGGUCGCAAGGUGUUUAUUACCGUCGACGAGGACAACAGGCGGCAGGACGGGAAUGACGACGACGACCUUUACGCCUCGGAUCAGUAUCGUAACGUUUACGUGCCACCGAGUUUCAGGUCGCGCAUUUUUCUCUUUAUUCUCUUCAUUUGGGUCUUCGCCGCCUUUACUGGCGUCAGCCUUACCAUCGUGCCGCUUGUCAUUGGGCGCAUGAUUUUCAAGGCUUUAAUUCCCGAACAUGUACGCACCAACGACAUUUAUGCCUUCAGUAUUGGCAUUUAUAUUCUCGGAGCAAUUUGCUACUUGGGGGUACACAGCCGCAGGGUCCUGGAUAAGGUGGAGGGAUGGAUGGCGAGCGCGCGCGAAGAAUUUGAGGUAGGGACAGCAGUAAACCGCACAUUAUCGACGUUUGUGCGGGCGGCUCAGCUCGUCUACACCUACUUUUUUCUUGCCAUUGUCUUGCCACUGCUCGUCGCAUUGCUUGUGGAACUGUACGUUGUUGUUCCGCUGCACACGUACAUGAAUUCGCCAACAGCAGGCACGAUUGAAGCAGGCAAGGUGGGCCAUUUGAGUCAAGGCAAACAUACAGUACGCCUCACACAGGUGUGGACUCUGGGCUUGCUGUACAUGAAGCUAGGCGCGCGGAUGAUCACUUCACUGUUUCCGGAUAGUCGGCCGGCCUUGGCGGUGCGAACCGUGCUGCGACGAGGCUGGCAGCAUCCUGAUGUAGGCGUUUUCACGCGUGCAUUCGUCAUUCCCGGGCUAGCGAUUGCUCUGGUGGCGAUUUUUACGCCGCCAUUUGUAGCAAGAUACCUAGUGCACUAUCAAGUGUCAGGAUGGGUGCCAAAGGCGGGUGAGACUGCAGAGGAGCUGGCAAAGCUGGCGAUAUUCUAUCGGUACUCAUACCCCGGUGCAGCAGUCUUGCUGGUAAUGAUGAAGAACGGCAUGAUGCUCGCAAACGUGUUUAGCAAGUGGACAUCAGGCGUGCGAGACGAGGCAUACUUGAUUGGAGAGCGGCUGCACAAUUUUGGGGCUGCGACGGCGGGAGCGAGGAAGGGUAGAGCGACGUGGCGAGCGGGAGGGAACCGACUAUAA